GCCAAAAAAGUGUGAGCACCUCUGAUCUAUCUAUUUAAUUUGAAAAGAAAAAACGGCCAACAAUAUCUGGAAACUCAGUGAGGAGUUUUAGGCUUCAUGAAGUAGCAGGGUGUCACCCCUCCUCCACCGCUCAAUUAAUGGGCCCAUCAGAAUCAGCCAAUCACAGCGCUUUGCCAGAGAGCAGUGAGGGCAAAAGUCCACACCUGCAGGGAGCUGCUUAGUGACAAGAUGGAGCGUUUUCAAAAGGGGAUCAAGAAGUUGCAGACUCAGCAUGGAGAGUGUGAAAUAAGGCAUGAAAAGGCACAGUUGGAGGCUGCUAUGGCAGAUCUUGAUCGAACUGAAUGCCAUACAGCAGCUGAAGAAUGCAUGUCAUCAGAUGGAAACAGGCAAGCCUCAAGCUCUGGUGAAAAAAAGAAAAAGGAUGCACUCAAACAUCAUGGUGGCGAUGAUGAUGGCGAUGAUGAUGGAGACGAGCAGGCCUCAAGCUCUGGUGGACGAAAGAAAAAAGGAGACACCAAAAUGGAAGCACCGAAACAUCGUGGUGGCGAUGAUGAUGACGACGUUGAUGAUGAUGAUGAUGGAGACGGGCAGGUCUCAAGCUCUGGUGGACAAAAGAAAAAAGGAGACACCAAAAUGGAAGCACCGAAACAUCAUGGUGGCGAUGACGAUGAUGAUGGAGACGGGCAGGCCUCAAGCUCUGGUGGACGAAAGAAGAAAGGAGACACCAUAAUGGAAGCACCGAAACAUCGUGGUGGCGAUGAUGAUGACGACGUUGAUGACGAUGAUGAUGGAGACGGGCAGGCCUUAAGCUCUGGUGGACGAAAGAAAAAAGGACACACCAAAAGGAAUGCACCGAAACAUCGUGGUGGCGAUGAUGAUGACGACGUUGAUGACGAUGAUGAUGGAGACGGGCAGGCCUCAAGCUCUGGUGGACGAAAGAAAAAAGGAGACACCAAAAUGGAAGCACCGAAACAUCGUGGUGGCGAUGAUGAUGACGACGUUGAUGAUGAUGAUGAUGGAGGCGGGCAGGUCUCAAGCUAUGGUGGACAAAAGAAAAAAAAGUUGAUUUCAAAGAAAAGAGAAUUGCCAAGAGCAAUCAUUAAGAAGCCAUGGAGCCAAGAAGAGAGAACUGCAGUCACACAAAAGAUGGCCGGCUUUAUUGGACUUAGAAGGGUACCGGGAAAAACUGACUGCAGCAUUUGCAUCGAGGAGUCUCCUGAACUAAAAAACAGGUCAUGGAAAGAUAUAAGAUACUUCGUCUACAAUGAAAUCAUUAAAGUGAAAAAGAAAAAUAUGAUUUAGGAUUAUUUAUCCUGUUUUGCUCUUUUAAUUUAAUGUUACUUAAUUUAAUGCACAAUUUCUAUUAUUUUUAAGUGCAAUAUAUUUAUGUUUCUGGAU